CAAAUAUUCUUAUUUUGCGGCGAAGAACAUAAGAAUACGUACCACAUAGCGCAACUAAAAUUUAUAUCAGCCUCAGAUUGUUGUGCAAACAAUGAGGCGGUUAAUCCUUCUCGCCUUCAUUGGCGUGCUUCUAGUGAAAAAUGGCACACCGUCGAAAAACCAGAAAUAUCCUUCACAUCUGGAAUGGUUGUUUGGUUUAAACAAUAAACAAGAUAAAAAUAAGGAAGAAAGUAAGGAAGAUAAUAAGGAAGUAAAUAAAGAAGUAAAUAACUCGACCGUAUGCCAAUCUCAGGAGUGCAAAAAAAUAGCUCGGAUAAUAACGGAGAGCAUGGACAAAACUGUGGAUCCGUGCGAUGAUUUUUAUGAAUACGCAUGUGGAAACUGGCCGAAGCAUAAUCCCCUUCCGGAGGGGAAGAAAACCUGAAGUAUGUUCGCAAGUGCGCAAGAGAAUGUCAAGAAGCAAAUAAAGGAAAUUUUUGACGAGGGUCCCAAGAAGAGCGAUCCUCUGGCGGUGAAGCUCGCGAAGAAGUGGUACGCGGUAUGCACGGAUACAGAUGCAAUGGAGAAGUAUGGGCUCGAGCCGCUUGUCUUUACCAUGUCGCGAAUAGGCGGCUGGCCGUUGAUAAUGGAACCGGACGAGUGGAACGAGCAGGAAUACAGUUGGCAAAAAGUGGAUGAUCAAUACGUGCGCUUGACGGGAAAAAAUGCUUUUCACGACGUGCGCGUGAUCGAUUAUGGUUGGAACAAUACUCGGAAAAUAGUACAUAUCAAUAUGCCGCAUAUGCCUCCGGGUUCAUAUAGAGUCUGGGGUGAAAUCGACGAUAGCGAAGAAGAUGAAAGCGAUGAGGAUCCUAGUGACGAGGAGAAGCAAAGCGACGAGCAGAAAGAUAGUCAAGAACCUGGAAGCGAAAACAAAGACGAUAACGAAACCGAUCCCAGUGACGAGGAGAAGCAAAGCGACGAGCAAAAAGGUAGUCAAGAACCUGGAAGCGAAGACAAAGAUGAUAACGAAACCGACACUAAUAGUAACGAUGACAAUGAAAGUGAUAAUGACGACGACGAUGAAGACGAUAAUAACAAUGAUGACGAAGAUGAUAAUGAUGACGAUGAAAAUGACGCUAAAGAUGACGACGAAGAUGAUGAAGAUGAUGAUAACGAUACAAACGAACAGAAUGACGAUGAUAACGAGAAGAAAAAAGUCGGCAUGAAAAAGACUGGUAAGUCCGUAAAAAAAAUAAAAAAUAAAAAUAAAAAAUUGGGACAUAGUAAACGGAUGAAGAGUAGUACUCACUCCAAGAAGUACAAAAACCAUAAGAUGAAGAAAGAGAGGGUAAAGAGACGAGCAAUAUCGACACAUGUUCACGAGAAAUUACACGUGCGGAAGAACAAAAGAAAUCGCGUAAAGCAUCAAGAACAUAUGGAGAGACUAAAGAAAACUUUAGAGGCGACAACACCGCAGAUCAGUACAGAAGUAACGAUUGGUGAAGUUGAUGAGCUGAAGAAAUACACUAAUUACAUCUCGAAAGUAGCUCGCGCCAUAGCGAAAGUAAGAGGUGUCGAAGUCUCGGAGGAACAUAUGAAUAAAGAUAUUCAAGAUAUGAUCAAAUUUAACAUGAAACUAGCUAAGAUUACUACAUAUCGCAGCAAGGAUAAGAAGAUGACACUCAAAGAUUUCCAAGCAUGGUAUGAUGAAAAGAAACCUGCAACUCCCAACAGCGCAAUUAACUGGGUGUACAAAAUUGGAGAAUUAUUUGAUGAGGCCCACGUGACUAUAGAUAGCGAUUUAGAUUUAGAAAUUAAUUUACCAAAAUACUUCGAUGGUCUUGUCGCUUUGCUGGAUGAGACGUCGAGUCGAACAAUAGUGAACUAUAUACAUUGGAAUUUCUUAAGCAGAAUAAUAAGAACUACCACAAGUGAAAUGAGAAAAUUAUACAAUGCAUGGGAAGGAAAAGAGAUAUAUGGAUUUCCAGCGAGAUGGGACCAAUGUACACGGGAAAUGGAGAUGAGCGACAUUCUAGCGUACGAAUAUGUGAGAAACCAUUUCUCUGAUGAAAUCCUGGCAACCGCAUCGGACAUGAUAGACGAUAUACAAAAGGAAGUAGAGUAUCAGAUUAAAGAAUCAGAUUGGGUGGAUGAGGAUACUAGAGAUUUUGUUUUAGCGAAAUUAGUAAAUAUGAACAACUUUGUCGGAUAUCCAGAUUGGUAUAGGAAUAACACUAUCGUUAAACAAUAUUUUCAAGGACUCGUUGUCGGAAAUUCGUAUUACGAGAAUACUCUCAGCUAUGACAGAUACCGUAAGUGGAAAAAUCUACGAAGCUUAUUGAAGACAGGUGAAGAGGAAGAGGAAGAGGAAGAGGAAAUAUUUCAGAUAAGCCCUGUAAUGGUAAAUGCAUUUUUCUCCCGGGGUGACAAUUCCAUAGCCCUCUCGGCAGCGGAUUUCCAGAGCCCAUUAUUCGCUUAUGACCGACCGCAAGUUAUUAAUUAUGGUAUUAUUGGAUUAAUCAUCGGUCACGAAGUUAAUCAUGGAUUCGAUGAUGAUGGACACUUGUAUGAUAAAAACGGAGAUUUUGUGGAAUGGUUAUCCGCAAUGGACGAAGCAUAUGGCAAAAGAGCAGAAUGUUUUGUCGAACAAUUUAACAAUUAUCCCGUUGACAAAGAAUCGAAUUUUAAAAUAAAUAAUUAUGGCAACAAGACGGCGGGAGAGAAUAUCGCGGAUACAAUGGGAUUAGAGGCAGCGUUUAAAGCGUAUCAAAGGAGAGAAAGAGAAUGUGGAAAACCGGAUACUGUGUUGCCGGGCCAUGAAAACCUCACGACCGAACAACUUUUCUUCCUGUCCUUUGCUAAUUUGUGGUGUGAAGCUGCGGCAACGAAUAACGCCACUAUAGAUGACGCUCAAUCUGACGUGCAUAGCACCGGACGGUUGAGAGUGAUAGGAAGCGUUUCAAAUUCACGAGACUUCGCCGAAGCUUACAAUUGUCCGGUUGGCAGUGCAAUGAAUCCCGAAAAGAAAUGCCAUAUUUGGAAAUGAUUAACUACAAAUAUUACAAAUUAAGCUUCUCAAUACUUGAAAAAAAUGUAAAAUUGAUUGUUUGUAAUUUUCUAUCCAUAUAUCGAUGAGUAUAUAUAGUAUGUAAAAUAAGACAUAUAUA